GAAUGGAAUUCAUUGAUUACAACGAGCAAUUUCCUGAUAUUGAAACACAAAUCAAAUUAGAAGUGGGGUCAACUUUCCUACGCUUGAAAUUGCUGAACAAUAUAUCGGUCAAUAAGGGGAAAAUAUGGGCAAAGACUUCUCCACCCAGCUAUCGGCAAAUUAAAAAAAUAAGGGUACAAAGAAGAUUGGAUGUUCAUAACCAUGAGAUUUCUUUAGAAACUAUUACAUUUGCUACCGCUUACAGAUCUUUCACUUCUCAAAUUAUAAAAGACAUUGAAUUUUACGUUAUACAUGGUCGUUCUGAUGCUAGUAUUGUUCAAAACCUUUUACAGCCAAAAUAUCCAGGACGAGUUUUUUGGGUAAUGCAAUUCAAAAAAUCAAGCGGGAUCAUAAGAUUCAAUCUGGAGAUGCCUCAACAUUAUUAA